AUGGAUCCUUUCUCCUACAACUCUCCCGGGUUUGUUAACCUUUUAGCUUCGCAGAGCAGUCCCCCACACGACGUGGACUCUGCUGAGGCAGUUGGUAACUCACCCGGGUUAGUUAAACCUGUAGAAAGAAGAAAGUGGGUUGUCAAAGAAGACCUUGUGCUCAUUAGCGCUUGGUUGAACACGAGCAAGGAUCCCAUAGUCGCUAAUGAGCAGAAGGCAGGGGCGUUUUGGAAGAGAAUAGAGGAGUAUUUUAACUCAAGCCCUCAGCUCAUUGGCGCCGUUCCUAGAGAAUGGAGUCAAUCCGCUUUGAAGGAGCAGACAAGCGGGCAAAAUGAGAAUGAUGUCAUGAAAGCUGCACAUGACAUCUUCUUCAAUGACUUUAAUGUCAAGUUCGCACUUGAACAUUGCUGGAGGGAGCUGAGAUUUGAUCAGAAAUGGAGGUCACACGCGUUGUCGAAAGUUGGUGGAAAGGAGAAGAGGAAGGAAGCAUGUCCGGAGGUGGUGGGUGACGAUGAAGAGGUGAGGCCUCCUGGUGUAAAGGCGAGCAAAGCAGCCAAGCGCAAGAAACACGGGAAUGAAGCAGCUUAUGAUCAAAUAGAAACCAUGCUAGCUCUGAAAAAUAACAUUUCUAAACAAAAGAUCCUUCAUCGUCUCAUUGGCAAAAAUGAGGAGACUCUUUCUGAUCAAGAAAAAUCCCUUAAGUCAGAGAGUGCAGGUCAGGGUUGGAGUGAAGGUGUUGAGAUUGAUCAGUCGGUAAAGUUUGAAGCCUAG